UUUGGCGGGAACGUGGGGAGUGAAGUUGUGUGAUUUGUUUUAUUUCGUCUAUUUAGUGUUUCUUCAGGUUUAAAUGUAUAAUAACGGUGGUUUAUUAACUGUUUAAUAUCUGUGAAAGUGCACAAAUGUGCGAAAAUUAAACAAAGCCGCUGGAAGUAACUUCUCGGGAUCCUACAAAAAGUUUCAAUUGGGGCACUACGAAGUCUGCCGGAUCAAUUAAUAUUAUAUAAAAUAAGACAUGACCUAAAGGUCUUAGCUACCAGAUCACAAGGUCCCUGAAAAAAGAAAGAAAAUAAACUUUUUUUUAUUACGAGUUAACCUUACGUGUGGAGUCUGGCAGUUGAACAUGGACAUGGAUUUAUAAAUAAACAAUCAAGGUGCAAAUUUUUAAAACAGACAUAGUGACUUACAAAACGUUAGCCAUAGAAGGAUCCCCAUUCGCACUGGAAUAAUAGUAAUUAAUAUGGAAAACCAAGUCCGUUGUUACAACGAUAUUGUAUCGGAAGCUUUCGAUUCUGAAGAUGUUAAAACAGACACAUCAAUAGAUCAGAUUUAUGUUGAAAAAACAAUUUUGAAAUUGUACAAGGAAUUUGAGAAAAAUUCCUCCAUUGAUCCUGAUUUACCACUUUUGAUAAAAGAAGUUCACAGCAAGCUAUUAAAAAAAUGUUUAAUCAAUUUGCCAAAAAGUUAUGAAUGCCUUGAUGCUAGCAGAACCUGGAUCAUAUAUUGGAUUCUACAUUCACUAUGGAUUCUUAAUGACAUGCCCGACCAUGAGACUCUUUCUGCAGUAGUAAAAUUCUUAGAUCAGUGUCAACAUGAAGAUGGCGGUUAUGGUGGGGGGCCUAGACAAUAUCCACAUUUGGGAACAACAUAUGCAGCUGUUAACGCCCUUAGCAUAAUAGGAACAGAUGAGGCUUAUGACUCAAUAGAUAGAAGUAGCUUACAAAGAUUUCUGUGGACAGUUAGAGAUGUUGAUGGAUCCUUUGCUCUUCAUAAAGAUGGAGAACAAGAUAUUAGAGGCGCAUAUUGUGCAAUUAGUAUAGCCAAAAUGACAAAUACAUACACAGAAGCGUUAUUUGAUAAAACGGCAGAAUGGAUUGUUAGUUGUCAGACAUAUGAGGGUGGCUUUGCUGGUUGUCCUGGUAUGGAAGCACAUGGUGGCUAUGCAUUCUGUGGAAUCGCAUCCUUAGCUCUAUUAAAUAGAACACAAUUAUGUGAUAUAGAUUCACUGCUUAGGUGGUCAGUAAACAGACAGAUGAGGAUAGAGGGUGGAUUUCAAGGAAGGACAAACAAACUUGUAGAUGGAUGUUAUUCUUUUUGGCAAGGUGCUGCUUUUCCUAUUAUAAGUGCAAUACUUUCAAAAGAUAAUAAGGAACUUAUUGAGACAGUUCUUUUCAAUCAAUCUGCCCUACAGGAAUACAUUUUGAUAUGUUGUCAAAAUCGGGAUGGUGGUCUGAUUGAUAAGCCUGGCAAGCCUAGAGACAUUUACCAUACAUGUUAUGGCCUCAGUGGAUUAUCGGUAGCGCAACAUGGUACAGGGGUUAUGGAUCCCUACGUAGUUGGAUCACCUAGUAAUGAACUGAAUAGAGUGCAUCCUUUGCAUAAUGUUGCACCUCAUUUGGUUUACAACAGUGUUCACUAUUUUAUCAGGCACCCGCCUCCAGUCAAAGACAAGAAUUAACAAUAAUUUCAUUUUUGUUGUCUAUCUGUUAAAAAGCCAUAUGUAGGAUACACUAUUCUCACAAUGAUGAGUUUUAAAAUAUAUAAUAUGGAAAAUGAUGCUUUUAAAAAAAACUCAAUUUAUUAAACGAAAUUGUAUUUCUUACUGGUGGUAGGACCUCUUGUGAUUCCGCAUGGGUAGGUACCACCACGCCGCCUAUUUCUACCGUGAAGCAGUAAUACGUUUCGUCAUGAAGGGUGGGGCAGCCGUUGUAACUAUACUGAGACCUUACAACUUACAUCUCAAGGUGGGUGGCGCAUUUACGUUGUAGAUGUCUAUGGGCUCUAGUAACCACUUAACACCAGGUGGGCUGAGAGCUCGUCCACCCAUCUAAGCAAUAAAAAAAAUUCAUUGUUUAAAAAAUCAGAGUUUAUAUUUUUGAAAUAUAAAUAAAAAUGCACCAGAAUUUAUUUGAUGUAAUAACUUAUGUUUAUUAUUUAUAUUCAUUUUAUUAGCUGGCUUAAUUCAAAUAAAUGAAUAUGACUAUUGUUAUUUUAUUACAAAUAA